GAGAGACGUUAUGGUAUGGGAAGAAAAGAGCGAAAAAGACAAGAAUACGGGUUACUGAAACGCAUUGUGGCAAUUAAAUCAUGUGCGUACCAAAAACGUUAACAUAAGGCUUCUUCCCUCAAGGAAAGCAUCAAUGGCGGAAUAACAAUAAGCUUACUUGUAAUAGCCCCGAAAUCACCACGGGUGAAGAAGAAGACGACGACGAAGAAAGCCACUGGAAAAAAUAAGGCAGACGACAGAGAUACGCGUUUCUGUGUGUGUUUCUUCGCGGCUUCCACGAAGAAGCCGAGAACGUACGUGAUUCGUAUUUUUUUCUCUCCACACACUCUCGUCCGGAUCUGAUUUUGUGGUUGGAAUAACAAUCGGUUUCUGAUUUUCGAAUUACUUACAAUUUUCGAAUCGGAAUUAAGAAGUUAUGGAGAAGGCAGAGAACGAGAAGAAGCCAUCGGCUGUAUCCGACGUCGGAGCAUGGGCGAUGAACGUUACGAGUUCCGUUGGGAUCAUCAUGGCCAAUAAACAGCUAAUGUCAUCCUCUGGUUUCGGCUUCAGCUUCGCGACGACUCUGACGGGGUUUCACUUUGCUCUCACUGCUCUCGUUGGGAUGGUGUCAAACGCGACUGGCUUAUCUGCGUCUAAGCAUGUUCCUCUUUGGGAGCUUCUUUGGUUCUCACUCGUUGCUAAUAUCUCUAUCGCUGCUAUGAAUUUUAGUCUCAUGUUGAACUCUGUUGGUUUCUACCAGAUUUCGAAAUUGAGUAUGAUUCCGGUUGUUUGCGUGAUGGAAUGGGUUCUACAUAGCAAGCAUUACUCGAGAGAAGUCAAGGCAUCUGUCAUGGUUGUGGUUGUAGGAGUUGGGAUUUGUACUGUCACUGAUGUCAAGGUUAAUGCCAAAGGUUUCAUUUGUGCUUGCACUGCCGUUUUCUCCACUUCUCUCCAGCAGAUUUCUAUAGGUUCACUGCAGAAGAAAUACGCAAUUGGAUCAUUUGAGUUGCUUAGCAAGACAGCUCCAAUCCAAGCCAUUUCACUCCUCAUCUUUGGUCCAUUUGUUGACUAUUUCUUGAGUGGCAGAUUCAUUACUACUUACAAGAUGACUUAUGGUGCCAUUCUAUGCAUCCUUCUCUCCUGCGCAUUGGCGGUUUUCUGCAACAUUAGCCAAUAUCUCUGCAUCGGAAGAUUCUCUGCUACCUCGUUCCAAGUUCUUGGUCACAUGAAAACAGUCUGUGUCUUAACAUUAGGAUGGCUUAUCUUUGACUCGGAGAUGACAUUCAAGAACAUAGCAGGUAUGGUCUUAGCCGUGGUGGGGAUGGUUAUCUACAGUUGGGCGGUGGAGUUGGAGAAACAGAGAAAGACGAAAGUAACACCGCAUGGUAAACACAGUAUGACAGAAGAUGAGAUUAGACUUAUCAAAGAAGGAAUAGAACAUAUGGAUUUGAAAGACAUGGAGCUAGGAAAUAAUAAAGCAUAAAUAAAGCUCUUCAGGACAGAAGUUUUUUUGGUUUCUCAUUUCGCCAACAUGUAACCUUUUUUGUUUACUUUUUUUCUUUUGCCCUUCUAUUUGUGUUCUUUGUCUCAAAGAACCAUUUAUAGCCUUUAUCUGAUGAGCUCUCCUCUGCAGAGCACAUUCUUUUUUCUACAGAAAUAUAUGAUUUCUUUUUUUA